AUGCUGCGCGCCACCACCCGGGCUCUCUGCGACCGGCCUCCGGCGGUCAAGCGCUUGCAAGACAAGCUGCUGAUCAACGGCAAGUUUGUACCGGCGGUCUCGGGAAAGACGUUUGAUGUCGUUAACCCGGCGACGGAGGAGGUGUGCGCCCGCGUGGCGGAGGCGGAUGCGCCGGACGUCGACCUCGCCGUCGCGGCCGCCCGCGAGGCCUUCCAGCACUACCGCACCACAGACGGCCGCUACCGCCGCGGUUUGAUGCUGAAGCUGGCGGAUGCCAUUCACCGCCACCGCGAGGAACUUGCUGCAGUGGAGACGCUGGACAAUGGAAAGCCGUACGGCGUCGCCCUGCGCCUGGACUUGGCGCAGGUGGAGGAGUGCUUCCGCUACUACGCGGGGUGGGCGGACAAGGUCUGCGGGCAGGUGCUCCCCACCAGCGGGAGCAACUUCAGCUUCACCAAGCGGGAGCCGGUCGGGGUGUGCGGGCAGGUCAUCCCGUGGAACUUCCCGCUGCUCAUGGCCGCGUGGAAGCUGGCGCCUGCCCUUGCCAUGGGCAACACCGUCGUGCUCAAGCCGGCGGAGCAAACCCCGCUGACGGCGCUCCGCCUUGGAGAGCUUGCCGUGGAGGCCGGCUACCCGGACGGGGUGCUCAAUAUUUUGCCCGGUUUUGGGCCAACCGCCGGCGCGCGGCUUGCCAUGCACGACGACGUGGACAAAAUCGCCUUCACCGGCUCCACCGUCGUCGGCCACCAAAUCAUGCGGAUGGCUGCGGACUCGAAUCUGAAGCGGGUCACGCUGGAACUCGGCGGAAAGUCCCCGCUUAUCGUCUGCGACGACGCCGACCUCGACGCUGCCGCGACAGUCGCGUCGGAGGGCGUGUACUUCAACACGGGCCAAGUCUGCACCGCCUCCUCGCGCGUCUUUGUGCAUGAAAAGGUGCAUGACGCCUUUGUCGCGAAGCUGAAGGUGCUGGCGGAGUCCCGCCGCGUUGGCCCCGGCGACGACCCCGCAAACAAUCACGGGCCGCUUGUCUCGGCGCGGCAGCACGAGCGCGUGCUUGGCUACAUUGAGAAGGGCAAGGUGGAGGGCGCCACGGUGGUGACGGGCGGGGCCCGCUGCGGCGACCGCGGCUACUUUGUGCAGCCCACCGUGUUCACCGCGGUCGCCGACAAGAUGACGAUUGCGCGCGAGGAGAUCUUUGGCCCCGUCGUCUGCGUCAUGGCGUUCAAGACGAUGGACGAGGCCAUUGAGCGCGCCAACGCGACGACGUACGGGCUCGCAGCCGGCGUCUGCACGACGGACGUGGAGAAGGUUAUGCACUGCGCCUCCUUCUUAAGGGCCGGCACCGUGUGGGUGAACUGCUGGAACUGCUUCGACGCCGCCAUGCCGUUCGGCGGCUUCAAGCGCAGCGGCCUCGGCAGGGAACUUGGCGAGCAGUCGCUGCAGCACUACACCGAGACCAAGUCCGUGCACAUUGCACUGAAGGGGCCGUUGGUGAAGAACUAA